AUGUGCGGCAAUUUCAACGGCAGAAAGGAUGAUGAGUUCCUCAUGUCAAACUCACUGCAGGCUUCUAGUGUAACGGAAUUUGGAAACAGCUGGAAGUCUGAGGAAGACAGCGAUAAAAAGUGCUUGGAUGAUGACAGAGUGGAUCUCAGCCCACCAUGUACUGCAGCCCAGAGGCCAUCUAUAGAAAGUCAGUGCAGUGGACUUCUGUCAGACACCUACAGACCUUGUCAUCAACUAGUUGAUCCACAGCUGUUUAUUCAGUCUUGCAUGUAUGACAUGUGCAGAUAUAAUGGCAUGAUGUCCACAAUGUGUGCUAUAUUCCAAGCCUAUGCAGAUGCCUGCAGAACACAAGGAGUAAAGAUUAUAUGGAGAAGUCCAUUAUUCUGUCGUAAGUACUGUAGUCAGUAUAUAGGAUGA